AUGCCGACCGCGACCGCCCCAUUUUCUUACGCCCAAGCUGCAAAGGGCCAAAAGUUUCGACCCCAGGAUAUUACUCUCAAGAAUUCCCCUGACGGCGACGUCCCCGAGCCUGCUGCUCUCCCUACCGACGCCCGCCCAGACGGCUUCCAAGCCAUUCAGGAAGCUAAAAUGAACAGCAUUGCCGCUGCGACGGCACCCAGCGUUUCCGAUGCCAGUUGCACAACGCAAAAUGAUACCGCCCCUUCGUUGGGAACCUCGUCCGGUGACUCUAGGCGAGACGAUGAUACCAGCUCCGAGCUUUCGGCUCAGCGAAGCGUAAAGGGUGCUAGAUCUCAGGGACCCGGUCGACGACCGACCCAAUCGCGACCCACAUCUUCCGGCGCGGAUAACAAGAGAAAUAGGAGAGAGAAGAAGUCGAAAACCGCCACAAAUGGCGCAGACUCAAGUGACAAGGCAUCCUCGGAAGAGGCCGAGACCGUCAAGGAAACUCCUCCCCCAAGACGCGAUGCCCAAAUGGCAAAGGUUCAGCAGACUGGCAACGCUCAGCCCGUGAAACCCUCUGCUCCGCCAGAAAGCCUCGAGCGAGAACUCUACAGGCAGCGCCCCCAACCCAGAAAGGGUGGUGAUGGCGAGGCUGCGCGCAAGAACGGCUUCACCAAGAAUGAUGCCCGCCGCGCCACGGAUGCCACUCCCAGUGACGAUGUUGCCUCGUGGCCCACUCCCAACACAGUGUCUAAGGAGGAGAAGCGCAAGUCUAUUGACAAAGCUAUCGACUUCGAGAAGGUUGAAAAGCCUACUCUUUCCGACGACCCCGCUGGCCUGAAGGCGAAGCAGAAUGGCAAGAAGGACUGGGUCAAGAUGGAUUUUGUCCCCACUGUCAACUUCCAAACCCCUCUUCCACAGCACAAGGGUGCCCGCCCCAGGGGCGGUGCCCGCGGUGGGCGAGAGGGAACCACCCGAGGCGGACACGCUGCCAGCGCCACGAAAGAUGGCGAGAAGGGUAGCUCCGGUGCUCCCGCGGCCACCGCGAAGGCUAACGGUGAGACUCGCGAGGCUGCUCGAGAAGGCCCUACCCAUCCCCGAGGUAGCUCCGUUCCUCCCAUGCCCACGAAGCGUGGAUCUGUCGAUGCACCCACCACACGCGAGCAACGCAAACACUCGGUCCCCGGCACAAACAAAUCCAAGGAUCAGUCAUCCAACGAGCACGGUCGCGAGAAACACGACACACGAGGCGAGCGCACCCGAGGAGGUCCCCGAAACCGUGGCAAUUACCAUGGAUCCUCGUCUCAACUUAACUCGCAGCAUUCCUCAUUCAACGGCUAUCCUUCGAAUGGGGCUGUUCGCCAAAACCCCUAUAGCCCUCCUGUGCGUCAGAAUCAAUUCAACCAGUCCUUUGGGCCCUCCGCAACCCGGGGUGGCCGCGGUGGUCGUGGCGGCUCCGGUCCGUCACGCGGCGCUGCGUCAUCCAACAACGGGCCUGGUAGGCAUGCCCAGCCUGCUGUCGUGAGCUACGACCACACUUUCCACGGCGCAUCGGUCAUGAGCUACCCCCAAACCCCUCCCCAAACCUUUUACGUCGAUCCUUACCUGGUCUCCGCACUCUCCACCCAGCUGAGCUGGUACUUUUCCAUCCAGAACCUUUGCCGUGACAUUUUCUUGCGUAAGAACAUGGAUUCGCAAGGUUUCGCCCCUCUGUCGCUUGUCGCGGGCUUCAAUCGGCUAGUUGUUGGCACGGAGGACGGAAUCGAGCGUCUCCGAACCGUCAACAACCCCAUACACUGGGUCCUCCCUAUGUCCGAGAGGAAUGAGGCUGCUCAAAAUGAUGGCCCGGUGAACUUUUUCCACCCUGGCCAACAACAGUAUCCUGUUCACCCCAACAUGGUUCCCGGCAACUUCCAUCCAAACGGCCCGGCGAUGAAUCACUACGGAGCCUUUGGCGAAGUCAAGGCGAGCCCCAAGGGCAGCAUCGCCACUAGUCGCGAUACGGUUUUGAAGCCUACCGUGGCUGAGUUCUCGCCCCGCGCCGGCGCUGGAGAUGGCUCUUUUGCUGGCUCUGAUAGCGCAGCCCACACGCCUAACGAAAAGUCGGAAGAGGAAGCCAACAUCAGGCCUCAGGACGCUUCCAACGCCAACGUUGCCGCUCAAGAAUCCUAG